UCACUUUCAUUUCUCUCUUCUGCUUCCAGCGAUGGCGUCUGCUGAUCUGAGACGGGAGCUGCACUGUUCCAUCUGCCUGAGCAUUUAUACAGAUCCUGUAACACUGAGAUGUGGCCACAACUUCUGCCGGGUCUGUAUUGAUCAUGUGCUGGAUACACAGGAGGCGUCUGGAGCUUAUACCUGUCCUGACUGCAGAGCAGAGUGUCAGGAGCGUCCUGCACUGCAGAGGAACAUAACGCUGUGUAACAUAGUGGGGAGGUUCCUGUGUACUCGGCCAGAUCAGGAGGAGACUGGGAUCUUCUGCACUUACUGUGUGGACUCUCCUGUACCUGCUGCUAAAUCCUGUCUGCUGUGUGAGGCUUCUCUGUGUGAUAAUCACCUGAGAGUACACAGCAAGUCAGCAAAACACGUCUUAUGUGAUCCCACCACUGCCCUGGGGAACAGGAAAUGCUCCGUCCAUAAGAAGGUCCUGGAGUAUUACUGCACUGAGGACGCUGCCUGUAUCUGUGUGUACUGCUCAGCUGGAGAACAUCGGGGACACCAUGUGGAGUCACUGGAUGAUGCCUCUAAGAAGACAAAGAGAAAACUGAGAAAUGUACUGAAGAAACUGACCAUAAAGAGAGUGAGGGCUGAGAAAAGAGUCCAGAGUCUGCAGGAGCGCAGGAGAGAAGAUCAGGGAAAAGCAGCUGGUGUAACAGAGACAGUCACUGCCCUGUUUAGAGACAUCAGGAGACAUCUGGAUGACCUGGAGAAGAGAGUCCUGAGUGAGAUCUCCAGGCAGGAACACCGCGUUUCACUCUCAGUCUCUGAUCUGAUCCAGCAGCUGGAAAUAAAGAGGGACCAGAUGUCCAGGAAGAUGCGUCACAUUGAGGAGCUGUGUAACAUGUCUGAUCCAGUGACUGUCUUACAGGAACCAGACACAGGGGACCUGUGUGAUACUGAGGACACAGAGAGACAUGAUAUCCAGGUCCGUGGUGCAGGAGAUCUGGAUGUGGGUCUCAUCUCAGAGACAUUACACACAUUAUCUGAUAUAAUAACAGGUAUAAAUACAGGGAUCUAUGUGCAGGAGGCUACAGACAUAUUACUGGAUGUAACCGAAGCUGGUGAUACAGAGUCUGAUAUAAUAACAGGUAUAAAUACAGGGAUCUAUGUGCAGGAGGCUACAGACAUAUUACUGGAUGAGAACACAGCUGGUAAUAAUGUACAGAUAUCAGGUGACAGGAAAACUGCAUCAUGGUCAGAUAUAAACCAGAAUCGCCCAGUAACACCAGAGAGAUUUCGGUGUGAUCAGGUAAUAAGUACCAGGGGAUUCUCCUCAGGGCGACAUUACUGGGAAGUGGAUGUCAAUAAGUCAGAGUACUGGAGGAUGGGGAUGUGUUAUCCCAGUAUAGGCAGGAGAGGACGUCGGUCAGUCAUUGGGGAAAAUAAAAAAUCCUGGGGUUUGGUUAGGUAUAUUAAUCAGUACUUCGUGAUACAUGACAGUAUAGCUAUCCGGUUACCUGACAAUAUCCCCUGUGACAGAGUGAGGGUAUAUCUGGAUUAUGAGGCAGGACAGCUGUCCUUUUAUACUCUGUGUGACCCCAUCAGACACUUACACACCUUUACGGCUUCCCUCACUGAGCCCCUCCAUGCUGUUAUAGGUUUCUUAGGAGGUUUAUCUGUAGGGGACGAUGGUAUAACUAUAUGUGGGGAAGUCAGGAGCUGGGAAAAAUUACCAUAAGUAAUCUGCCCAGAGACUGGUGACAUCACAGGGAAGGGAAUCUGAUUGAGGGAAUAUUAAGUCAAUAAACUGAAGCAGUGGGUGGAGCUACAGCUGAGCCCCUCCCCUGGGUAACCAGGUGACCAGUGUGUGGAUGUGUUCCCAUAUUAUAUGCUGUCAUUAUAAAUAUAUAAAUAUACAUUUCUGUGGGAUUUCUCCACCUCUG